AGCCCCGCUCGUGGCCGUUCCCCAGAAGGCGAAGCGGGGUGAGGUGGUGCUCCGCGCGCCCCAGCCGGGCCGGCGCAGGUGGAGCGAGCGGCUCUUUAUGGUUGCGGUUGUCGCUCCUGCCCGACUCCUUCCUCCCGGCUGCGGGGCGCAGCUGCCCGGGGGCUAUGGCGGGGGUGCCCGGCGGGCGGUAGCUCGGCAGAUGCAGCACAAGAGUCAUGUGAGCUUGCCACAGCUUGCCUAAUGGAAUUGCUCAGAGUUUCGUUGCAGUAAAAGAAGAGGAGAUUUGGAACCUUCAUAGUUGGUACUGAGAGACUACCCACUCACUAAACCCAUUGCGUGCUCAGCCAAGGGAAGAACUGACGAGUUUUGCUCUGCCAGGCAAAGGACUGGUGUCCUUUGGCACAGGCUGGCACAUCCAUUCAUGGGCCCCAGUGUCAGCCCUGUACCCAUGGUCCUUUACAGAAAAAUUUCUCCUUUUUGGUUUCACAGGAAUUUCCAUGGGAUGCAGAUCAUGCCACAGGACUGCAAUUGGGUAAAGGAUGAGUUCUGCAUUUCUCUCAGGAGUCUUCCAACACAUUUUCUAAAUUACCUUUUAAUGGUGUUUUAAGUGAGCUUAUGUGAAACAAAUAGUAUUGGAUCAUGAGUGAAGAAAAAAACUUUGGUGCAUCCCAGAAAAUGUUGUCUCCUUCAAGAAGUACUAGCAGCUGCUCCUCCAAGCAGGGAAGUCGACAGGACAGCUGGGAGAUUGUAGAAGGACUCCGGGGAGCAAUGAAUUGUACCCAGGAGCCGCAGAAGCAGGAGGGCUGCUUGCUGAAAAAGAGGAAAUGGCCUUUGAAGGGCUGGCACAAGAGAUACUUCUUUUUGGACAGAGGGAUUUUGAAGUAUUCUAAAUGCCAAGCUGAUAUAGAGAGAGGGAAGCUUCAUGGCUGUAUUGAUGUUGGACUUUCUGUCAUGUCUGUAAAGAAAUCAACAAAAUGUAUAGAUUUGGAUACAGAAGAGCAGAUAUACCAUCUGAAGGUGAAAUCUCAGGAGCUGUUUGAUGAAUGGGUAGCAAAACUUCGUCAUCACAGGAUGUACCGUCAGAACGAAAUCUCCAUGUUUCCUCAUGACGUCAGUAAUCUUUUCUUCCCUGUGUCUACUACUACGGACUCUGUCCCAGGUUUCUGUGAUUCUACUCCGGGUAGAAAGGCAGGCAGCUUGACCAAACAGAAUUCAUUGUCAGCUGGAGGUAACUUGUCAUUUUCCUUUUCGAGUAAUGAGUCCAGGAUUUCAUCUUGGCUACAGUCUUCUGAAGACAUGGACAAAUGCUCAAGAGAGCUCUCCAAUUGUCACACAUAUUUACUGGAAAUGAACCAGCUGUUACAGAGCAUGGAUGUUCUUCACAGGACAUACUCAGCGCCUGCUAUAAAUGCUAUGCAGGUUGGACCUUUUGAAAGCCCAAAGAAGGAAAAGAGAACACACAGGAGGUGGCGAUCCAGAGUUAUUGGGAAAGAGCCUAAAGGAAUGUUACAGGUGCCUUCAGUAUUUUCUGCCCCUAUGAGACUGCAUGCUUCCAAUCCAAACUUAUCUACAAUAGAUUUCGUAGAGGAGAAAAAUUACUCCGAUGGUUCUGAAACAUCAUCAGAAUUUACGAAAAUGCAAGAGGACUUAUUUCACAUUGCACAUAAAGUUUACUUCACCUUGAGGUCAGCUUUCAGCACCAUAUCUACAGAGAGGGAAAAGAUGAAGCAGAUGCUGGAGCAUGAUGCAUCCUCGUCUCCAUCUGCACAAAUAGCUGGCUUGAAGAAUGCCUUAACAUCCGCAAUAGCACAAAACACAGAUCUUAAAGACCGGUUAUGCAGAAUACAUGCCGAAUCUAUGAUCCUUGAUUCAGCAUCUAAUGCAAAAUCAAGUCCAGAUUUGGUGAAGGAAAAUUCAAGAGAAGAGAGCAGAGCUCUGGUUCACCAGGUCUCCAAUGAAAGCAGACUCUCUAUAGCUGACUCUCUCACAGAAUUUUUUGAUGCACAGGAAGUCCUCCUGUCUGCUAGCUCUUCAGAAAAUGAGGUAUCAGAUGAUGACUCAUAUGUAAGUGAUAUCAGUGAUAAUGUCUCAGAAGAUAACCUAAGCAAUGACAUAGAGAAUGAAAGACAAACUUUAGACUGUAUUUCUGAAAGUGGAAUUGGAUGCAAUUCUAAACGGAGAACAUGUUUACCAGCUCCAUGUCCUAAUACAAGUAACAUCAGCCUGUGGAAUAUCCUGAGAAAUAACAUAGGAAAGGAUCUCUCCAAAGUGGCCAUGCCUGUUGAAUUAAAUGAGCCACUUAACACCCUUCAGCGUCUCUGUGAGGAGCUGGAGUACAGUGAACUGCUAGAUAAAGCAGCGCAUACACCUAACCCAUUUGAACGGAUGGUGUAUAUAGCUGCAUUUGCAGUCUCUGCAUAUGCCUCCAGUUACUACCGAGCUGGAAGUAAGCCAUUUAAUCCUGUGCUUGGAGAAACCUAUGAAUGUAUUCGUGAAGAUAAGGGUUUCCAGUUCUUUGCAGAACAGGUCAGUCACCAUCCACCUAUUUCUGCAUGCCAUGCUGAAUCUGUGAAUUUUGCUUUUUGGCAAGAUGUAAGAUGGAAAAACAAAUUCUGGGGAAAGUCCAUGGAAAUUGUUCCAGUUGGUACAACACAUGUAACUCUUCCAGCUUUUAAAGACCAUUUUGCAUGGAACAAGGUGACAUCUUGCAUCCAUAACAUUUUAAGUGGGCAAAGAUGGAUUGAACACUAUGGAGAGAUCAUUGUCAAAAACCUUAACGAUGACAUUUGCCACUGCAAACUGACUUUCAUAAAGGCAAAGUAUUGGAAUCCUAAUGCACAUGAAAUUGAAGGUAGUGUCAUGGAGAAAUCUGGGAAAGUUGUGCAUCGACUUUUUGGGAAGUGGCAUGAAAGUUUAUACUGUGGGACGACUUCAUCUUCAAACUGCAUAUGGAGAGCAAAUCCAAUGCCUAAAGGUUACGAACAGUGGUAUGGAUUUACUCAAUUUGCACUGGAGUUAAAUGAACUGGACCUGCAAACUAGGUCAUUACUCCCAUCCACUGAUACACGUUUUAGGCCAGACCAAAGGUUUCUAGAAGAAGGGAAUAUUGAAGGAGCUGAAAUGCAAAAACAGAGGAUUGAGCAGCUACAGAGAGAACGACGGAAGGUGCUGGAAGAAAACAAUCUAGAGCAUCAGCCUAGAUUUUUCAGGAAAUCCAACGAUGACUCCUGGGUGAGCAAUGGAACCUACAUGGACCUUAGAAAAGAACCUGGUUUUUCCAAACUGGACAAUCCUGUCCUCUGGUGAAAGAGGACCUAAAUGAAGAUAUUCUGUGCUGCAUUCUUGGAUCUGAUUUAAAAGAAGUAUAUAUAAAAUAUAUCUAUCCAUAUAUAUAUCUAUAUAUACACACACACAUAUAAUAUAUGUGUGGGGGGGGUGUGUGUGUGUGCAAGUGUGCAUAUCUCCAGAAUUGUUCUUAAUUUAGAAUCCGAUAAUUCAUUUCCUUUACUCUGACUAUUGUAGUGAUUGUUUGAAUGUAUAAAUAGCCUGAGUUCUUUUUAUAAGAUAUUUAAUAAAAUAGUACUGAAUGUUAACAGCAAGAGGGAAAAGAGGAGCUUUUACACUACUUUUCCAAUGUGUAAUAAUAUCAGUUCUGAAUUAACUUAAUGCCUUAUUGAAUUGCAGUGGAGACAGUAGCAUCAGCAAUACUCUAGCUGUGCUGAGAAAUCAGAGCGCCAGCCUUAGUAACUCAAGCUGUAGGUAGGCUGCCACAGUUCAAUGGUUAGUUUGGCUGCCUCUGGGCUGGUAUAAAUUGCUAAAACAGGAUGUCAGCUGGUGCUGGAAUCUGAGUAUGAUCUUUUGCUGCUUGUAAAAAAGAUUUAAUUAAGCUUUUGUUUCUAUUAGUUUUCUUCUUAGCAUUAUGGAAGAGGUAGUUCUGAGCUUACAUCAGUGGUUCUACUGCCUUAUACAUAAACUGUACCCAGCUAAGUGUAGUGCUAGAACUUCAGGAUUCGCCAAAAUUUUCCACUGGGAAAAAUUUCUACUUUGAAUUUAUAGCCCCCAACAGGGCAAGAGGAGGAGAUCCUUUGUGUAUAUACUGCUUGAGCACUGACUAGAUGAAGAAGCUCUCUCUUUUUCCAGUAAGUAAAACCUAUACAGAGCACGAAAUCCUGUGCUUCCAUAGCUUCAUUUGUUUUUAUUAACCUAAAAAUUGCAACAGUACGACUUUUUAAAAAGUAAGCAAACUGAUUGUUUUAAGCUAGAAAUUUUUUCUUAGUAUUUUGAUAUUUUCUACCUCUUAAGAAAUAAACAACAUAUUUAAGAUCUUAUAUUUAAAAAAUGACCAUCUGCCUUAUGGAGAAGUGUAUGGAGUCUUUGAUCUUCCUCUGUUUGUUUGUUAUGUUUCAGAUAAAUAUUCAAAUGUCUUGCACUAAAUUAGUUGCAACCCUUUCCUGUAAUUUCACACAUAUGGCUGGAUUUGUGAAACUACUAAACCAUAGGUCAAAAAUUUAGCAGGAAACAAAUGUAGCAGAAGUUGCACUUUUGAAUGAAGGUUAUCGAGAUAGGCAGUAUUUUUGUUUUUUCCAUCAAAUCACAAUGCCACGGUCAUUAACCGCAUAAUUUGCAUUCCUACCUAUCUGCAGUUCAAACCUGACCCAUGAUUCUUCAAGUUUCUUCUAUGUGACUCUGUGACUCUCUGGCAACAAUGCAGUUAUAGAUCUAUAUCUUGUCACCACCACCCCCCCUUUUCUUUUUCUUACAUGCCACUUCAGUGACACAAAACAUACCCAAAUGUCAUUGACAUGUUAAAACUGGCUUAUGACUGGAACAAUUAGACAUGGCAUGGAUAAGGUAGACUCCUCAGGGGGCUAGUAGCUUAGAAAAGCUUGCAUUUUACUGUGCACUGCAUUGUGCUGAAGAAAACCCAUUCAAAAUGGAUUAAUCUAUUAUACGUGACAUGAAGGAAAUACUAUGAAAGCUUUCACUUUAAACCAAAUCUCUGAUGUCAGAUUAGAUGCAUAUUUGAAUUUUGCUUUCUGUUACCUUGAAGCUCUGUAUUCUUAGAGGGAGAUGAAUGCUUUCUCACCAUUUUUCCCUUUUCCCAGGAACUCUGCCUCACUAUCAUUUCUGUAAUUUAUUACCAAAGAAGUCAGCAUCAUUCUUUCUAUUUAAUACAUCUUUAUAAUACAAUGCUAGCAGCUUGCAACAAGGCAAGCUUCACAUCAUUAUGAAGACAAAAUCUGGGCUUUGAUUCCAAAGGAAAUCUUAACCUUUGGGGGCUGUUUGGCUUUUCAAGAGAAGUGAGGAUCUCUUCGUGGCUUAUUCACUUCCUGUGUUUUAUUCUUGUACUAACUGUCAAAAUAUGGCAAAGAAAUGAGUUGGUAUUUGUAAUUAUCCUUGCUGUUGCUGUUGGUAAUUACCAUUUAUACUAAAAAUAACAUUCAUUUAACAACAAAAUAUGGUAGGGGAAAUAAAAAAAAACUUCUAAAAAAGGGGACAAUAUCUGUGGAGGAUGCAGUAAACUUGCUCAUCUCAUAUUUGGCAGCUACUGUGAUUACUGUUUGAUCUGAUUGCUGGGUUUGUAUUUUCUGUGUAUGGGGAAAUUUCCCCAUGCUUUGACAGAUGAAGUAAUAGUUGAUAGCACCUGAAAUUAAAGAAUUAGAAGCCAAAAGGCAAAAUAUUGUAAUGCAUUAAAAUCAGGUGUUAAAUGAAACUAAUCUCAUAUUUGGUGGUUUUGAUUUUUGAGAAAUCAGAGUGGCAGUGUUGCCAUUUAUCUUACAGUCUAAAAUGUCUAAAAUAAUUUGACUAAUGACGAGAAGCACUGGGCUGAGUAGUGCCUUAUAUAAAAUUUUCUUCAGCAAAAUUCCCAUAUCAAGAAGGUAAACUGCAGAAUUUCACUAUCUCCAGAAAAAUAAUGCCUGAGAAUAAUCCAGGGCAUUUCUUAAAUACAUGAAGUAAAAGUCAUUGCCCAAGUAGUAGCUCCUUUUGUAAAUCUCUGAUACACAUCUGCAAACACAGUAAGACCAAUUGUGAAUGAUUCCAUGAAUGACCCCAUGUUUCUGGCAGCAGCAUAGUUAUCCCUGCUUACUUCUGUAUUGGUUUGGUUUAGUCGUUAAACUUCUGUCAUCUGUAUAUUAAGAAGUGGAAGAAAAUUGUCUUGAUGUUACCUCUAUGUAUUUCUGCAUAAAAAUAUAUUCAUUAUUCACAAACCUUAAUAUACUCUAUACAGUUAUUCUUGGUAAAAUAUGAAAUUUUGGUAAUUUUCUUCCCCAAAACUUUGUAUGUGUUAAUGGGUGCACAAUUUGCAGUAGCUUUCUGCAAUAUAACUAAGACUGUUGUUUUUAGUAACUGACAUAGAGGGAAUUUUCCCUCCCCCAUUUCUACUCUGUAUGGUGAAAAGAACAUAUCAGACAACUUACUGCUUCCUUUCAUACACAGCAGUGAUCCCCAAGCUGUUCAACUCAGUGGAUCAGUCUUAAAAUUUCCUUAUGACCAUUGCCUGCUGUUACAGCUUUCUUAUUUGAUAACUGUAUAAACCUUACUAAGCAUGAUUUGGGAGGGCAGUUUGAGAAGCACUCAUCUAGCACUGCCUUUCUUUGUGAAUCCCUUCAGAGUAAACCACUCUCAAUGAAUUUACAUCAAGAUAGUUAAAACACUGGCUCAGUUUUCAAAUUACAUAGCAAAGAAAGGAAAAAAAUCCAGGGAAAUACUGGUCAUAGAAGCAGAAGCUCACAGCUCUGCUUCCAGUUUUGCAGACUUGACUCUUGUUACAGUGGGAUUAUGAAACAGUGUCACUUGUUUAGGAGGCUACUCUUGGUAGCAUAAAGGGCCCUUUAGACUGAGUGGAACUGGAAUACACCAUUAAUCACUGCAUUUCUUUCUGUAUCUAUCUCUGCUCUCUGAGACAUGCUUUAUGUCUUAAUUUGCCAGCACUGAUGUACUUCUUUCAGAUGCAGCAAAGUCCUUAUGUUCUUUAUACAGAGUUCAGAAAAUUAGAUGCCUGGAAAGAAGAGCAAAACCAGUCAAAAUUUUGAUAAGGAAACAUCCUAGAGAUCUGUUCUUCCAUCAACAAGUUUUCUUUGAAGAACUGGAAGCGGGGUUUCUGCUUUCUUUUAAAACCUGUCCUCUGGAGGAGGUGCUGGUUGCAGACACAGUCACCUUAUUAUUUGGCAGUUUACUGUUGAAGCCAGAUCACUGUACAAAAAAGAACACAAAUUUAUGGGGCCGGAAUGUACACCCAGGGACAGCUUUCGGGUUGCACAAAGGUCCAGUGCUGGUCUCAAAACAACCAAAAACCAACCUAACAAAGACCUCACCCCUUCCCAUGCCUCAGCUGUUUACAGUCCUGUUUAGGUUUUCUAUGUGGCCCCUCAUGUCUAACAGUCCUUAUUCAGCAUUCCAUUUUUCUCUUUAUUAAAAACAAUUUGAAUAGGAAAGCAGUCUGUUCUAACAAGCUUUUAAAUGACAAAUCCUGCCUAAGCGUUAGUUAAAAACUUUUCUUCUAAACAUUGCAGCCUGCUUCUGUAUGUUUUCCUUGAUUUUCCUUGACUGUGAGCAAGACUUUCUUCCCAUUUGCACUCUGGAGUCAGGCAUGGUAAGGGUGGCAUGCUACGGAAAUGCGCAUGAGCUCUAUCUGCUCAGUAGACUCCUGAUCAAUGUCCUUGCAUCUGCUUUUGUGCAUCUCUUCUGUUGUCUCUAGAUGACCAGCUUUGCAGAGCAGGACAUUUCCAGCAUGUAUUGUUUUAUUCAGUACAGCACUUUUUUGUGUACAAAAGGGAAGGAUGAAAUCCAACUUUUCCACAACUGAAUACAUCUUGCAAGGGCUAGAGUCAGAUGGUGCUAUUCAAAGGAGUGAAGUUAAAAUGAAAAAGGUUUUUUUUGGUUGAGUGUGUUUUCAUUCAUGGAUUAUGCCUACUAUAAAUAAAAAUCACAGGAUUCACUAACUCAUCCUUUCUAUUUUCUAGCUACUGGUGGGUGCAACUUACUCCAGCAGCUGUGGGUUCAUAAGAAACUGCACAUGUUGUCUGGCUUCUCUGUUAAAACUUAGUAAAUGCUGUAACUUACCACCAAAUGUAUUGUUGUACUGCUCAGUUCUUAGAUACUGUUCUUGCUGCAGCUUUUGAAAGCAAUAAGAGAAAUUUUCCACAUAAAUAGUUGCCAUAUGUUAAACAAUUAUUUUAAGCAGUUCCUUUUAUAUAUGAAUUGUGGAUUUGGCGGUUUUGUUGUAUGAACCAGAACUGUAUGAAAGCUUAUGAGAAUGUCUGGGAGGUUGAUCCACAAGAUGUGAUGGGCUCCUUCAGCUCCACACCUUGGAGAUGGCUGGUAUCCCUGAGAAUCAGUCUUGUAUUUAUGUUAACAGUAUUUUACUAGUUCCAAUACUGGAAAAACAUACCGCAUGUAUGAGGUAUUGCAUAUGCAAAGCUGCUAAAUGCUGAACUUCUUGUUUGUUUUGAUAGGGCAUUAGUGAUUUCAGAAUGAAGAAAGGUAUUUCAUGUGUUAGAAUUAUCACUGACUUCCAGAUUUUUGAGAAAACUUUCUGUAGUCAGGAGGGUUCCUGUUUUCUGCUUUUACUCCAAAAACCUGUAACAAUGUUGGAGCACCUUGAUGCACAAGUUGAUUCAUUAUUUUUGUCUCUGUAACCAAUUUAGUUGGAUGUUAAUAAACCAUACUUGCAAAAGGUCAUAAAGCACCCUGACUUUU